UUUCUUGGAACACAGCACGCAUCUCUCCCAUCUCUCCUGGGCCUGCGCUCAGCAGCUUGCUAAGCACCCAGAAAGCAGAGUGGCUGGGGGGCCUGCAGCCUGCACUUCUUUCCGUGCCUGCCUUUCUUCCCCCACUCCUGCUUCUCCCAGUCACUGGACUGAACUCAGCCCUUCACCCCAGCGCCAUGUCACAGAUCCAAACCCCCCAGGAGGCAUUGCUCUGGGCCUUGAGAGACCUUGAGGAGAAAAGCUUCAAGCUCUUCAAGUUCCAUUUACGGAACAACUGUCUGCUUGAGGGGAAGAUGCUGCUGGCGCGCGGGGAGCUAGAGGGCCUGAGCCCGGUGGACCUGGCUUCUCGGCUCAUUUCCCUGCAUGGAGCAUGGGAGGCUGUGAAGGUGGUGAUUAGCGUCCUGAGAGCCAUGAACCUGUUGGAACCUGUGGACCGGCUGAGCCACAUCUGUCUGAAUGAUUACAGAGAAAUGUACCGAGAGCACGUGCGCUGUCUAGAGGAGAGGCAAGAGGGAGGAAUCGGCGGUAGCUACAAUCAGCUGCUCCUGGUGACCAGGUCAAAUCCAGAGAGCGCAGAUCCGUCCGCCUGCCCCCUCCCAGAGCAGGAGCUGGACUCUGUCUCGGUGGAGACUCUGUUCGAUCCCGGAGAGAAGUCCUACCAAGCCCCGCCCACAGUGGUGCUACAGGGGUCCGCGGGCACCGGAAAGACAACGCUGGCCAGGAAAAUGGUGCUGGACUGGGCCACGGGCACCCUGUACCCAGGCCAGUUUGAUUAUGUCUUUUAUGUCAGCUGCAGAGAAAUGGUCCUGUUGCCGGAGGGCACACCGGACCAGCUCCUCUUCUGGUGUUGCGGGGACAACCAGGCGCCUGUCAAAGAGAUGCGGAGGGAGGAGGAGCGGCUGCUGUUCAUCCUGGAUGGCUUUGAUGAACUGCAGAGGCCCUUUGCAACAGGCUGGAAGAGACUGAGUCUGAACCCCAUGGAGAACGUGCUGCACCGUCUAAUCAGGAGAGAGGUGUUUUCCAGGUGUUCCCUCCUCAUCACCACCCGGCCGGUGGCUUUGCACAGUCUGAAGCCCUUGCUGAAGCAAUCGCGCCAUAUUCACAUCCUAGGCUUCUCUGAGGAUGAGAGGAGGAGGUAUUUCAGCUCUUAUUUCGCCGACGAGGAGCAAGCCAGAAAUGCCUUUGACAUUGUGCAAGGAAAUGAUGUGCUGUACAAAUCAUGUCAAAUUCCAGGCAUUUGCUGGGUGAUCUGCUCCUGGCUCAAGGAGCGGAUGGAGAGGGGCAGAGAGAUCUCAGAGAAUCUCAGUAAUGGCACAGACAUCUUCAUGGCCUAUGUCUCCACCUUCCUGCCGCCCAAUGAUAAUGAAGACUGCACCGAGCUUACCAGCCACAGGGUCCUGCGUGGUCUGUGCUCCUUAGCGGCUGAGGGGAUCCCGCACCAGAGGUUCAUAUUUGAAGAAGCUGAUCUCAGGAAGCACAAUUUAGAUGGGGCCAGCCUUGACGCUUUCCUGAGCAGCAUGCCUUACCAAGAGGGAGGUCAUAUGAAGACAUUCUAUACCUUCCGCCACAUUAGCUUCCAAGAGUUUUUUCAUGCCGUGUCCUACCUGGUGAAAGAGGACCAGAGCGACCUGGGGAAAGAGUCCCACAGAGAACUGAGGAGGCUUCUGGAUGAAGAAGAGGAGACAGAGAAUGGGGAGAUGACCCUCAGUAUGCAGUUUUUAUUGGACAUAUUGAAGAAAGAGACCUCCUCAAACUUUGAGUUAAAGUUCUUCCUCAAAGUUUCUCCCUCGCUAAAGCAGGAGUUGAUGUAUUUUAAAGAACAAAUUAAGUCUAUAAAGCAUAAAAGGGCCUGGGAUUUGGAAUUCUCCCUAAAUCCGUCUAAAAUAAGGAAUCUGGUGAAGGGCGUUCAGAUAAGUGAUGUAUCAUUAAAGAUGGGACAGUCAAAUAAGAAAUCCCACAACAGGAACUCAUUUUCUGUCAAAACCAGCUUGAAGGAUGAAUGGAAAGAGAAGCAAGGUCCUGUUGUGGGCAAAGAUAAAAUAGCAAAGACACAAAAGGAGACUUCUAAUGGAAAAGGCAGAGAGAUGGAGAAAUGAGAGAUGCGGAGGGUAGGAGCAGUAGGAUGGAAAGCAGAUAAAUGGGACA